CUGCGAUGAGAACUUGGGGGGUUUCAUGCGCCGUACAAAUCGCGACUGCCGUGGCCGCGGGUAAACAACCGGCUCGUUUCGAUCUUUCUUAUGAGCCGCGGACGUAACUCGAAAAAUUAUAAGUGACUGAAUGUUUCGCCGGUUUCCUUAGAUCGGUUCAUGUGUGUGAUUUUACGUAAUAUUCUAUAUUAAUAAGUGUAGUGUGACUAAAAGUACGUUGAUAUUCGUGAAGAUACGCGAAAUGUGGUAAUUUCUCAAAAUCCUCCGUUCCUAAUGGUGCUAUAACUUGGAUUCGAGUUCCUCAUUAGCCUCGCCUUGUAACCAUGUUAUCGUACAUGCUUCCGGUAGAUGAGAAACCUCCUCCGGGACCACCAAAGAGUCAUUUACAACUCUCUUUGAGUGGCGGCGAUCCGGUAGCCAACGGGAGGACGUCCACGCCUAUUUCUAAGGAAACUAGCGUCAGUUCUUUUGCCAGUGAUCUAACCACAGCUACGGCUAGUCAUAGUUCAAUGACUACUCCUACUAGUACAAGCGAUAAGGGGAAACCCAAGUUGAUGGUUAAUGGUAAACAUCCUACUUUGAAAAGGGUGUCUUUUGGCAGUUCCAAAGGAUCAAUGGUAGAAACGCUUAUUUUCGAAACGCCGGUUCAAGAAGAGCCGGAACCUAGUCCGAUACCUGAAAAUAGCAGCCCUUUCCCUGCCGACCUUGAUCAAACUGAGGCCGAACGAGAAAAAGUAAAAGUGAAAUUUUUUCAACAAUCGAAACCUCUGGAAGUCGAUUUACCGAAUGAGCCUAUUUUCCCAGAAACGAAUUUCCUAAUGGCGUCACCGGUAACAAUUAGCGAAACUAAUCACGUGGUUUAUACUAGAACCGAAAGUAUUGAAAGCGGUUGGGACAACCCCUUCCGACCAGGAGGCGAUCUCAGUCGAGAAGCCGACGAAAUAGUAGAACUAAUCAAAGGCGGUAAACCGAUAACGCCAACGCCAGGUCAACAACCGCCUCCUAUCCCGAACUCCGAUUCCACAGACCAUACUCAAUUAACGAAUAACGUCCAGGAACCGAUCACCGAGUCUCCUAAGAAAAUCGCCUCGCUCCAAGCGGCGGCAACGACGCCCGUUACGCCUAAAAGCGCUAACGGUACCACCCCGAAGAAUAAUAGCACCACUCCAGGUACUGUGGAAGUUCAAAGAGUGACUGUUAAACCAGACGGCGACGCGUCCCAAGUCGAACACAUCACUAUCAAAAAGAAACAAAAGUGUGCGUGUUGUGUCAUACAAUAAAUUUUAGAUUUAUAUUUAGGAAUAGUUUCUGUUACUAUUGUAACUCAUUCAUGAGGACGGUGGUGUGAAAAGGAUCGAUAUUGAGGUUACGAGGUACCGUGGUAUCUGUGAUAAGGUAGCUGACGUUAUUAUGUGAACGGAAUGGUAAUGGUAGCUUGUGAUUUUUUUCUAGAAAAAAUAUUUAAUAUGAGUUCAAAUUAACAGCAAAUUUAUGAUAGGGUAUAUCCAGAAAGUAUUGCGUCAAGGCCAUCGCGAUUUCCAUGCGGAAAGGCUCUAACGGGGAUAACCGUCGAGGGCCCUCUUGGUCGGGCCGGCCCGAAUAUGACUCUGAUCUAAUUUGUGGUCAGAUAGGAAGCCGAGCUUCCAGGAAUCCUUCAUAUCUGGCUUGACCCUUUGUUUGACUAUUCCGUAACAUCUUGUGCCAUUUGUCCGACUGGGAUUUCGAGAGAUAAUCCCUAAAUGCCUCUUCAAGAUUUGCAAAUUUCUCCAUCGGUGUUGUCUGGAGUCUCACACAAAUCUUGUUCCACUACUGGAUCGUUUUUAUCCAUCCUGACUUUGGUCGCGCUUCAAUAGAGACGUGCAAUGAUUCAAGCAUCCUGUCCUGUGGCUUGGUCCGCUGCCCCCAGUCGAUUCGGAAAAGAUGGCACGCAUUACUUUCCGGACAUACCCUGUAUAUACGUGUUAGUAAAUGUGAAGGGCAAAAACAAAUCCUAAAGGUAUUCAUCUCAUAGCUUUUGUGUAUUGUAUUCAGCUUGUGGUCUUUUUAGUACUUUAAGUUUGAAAUUGCAAUGAAAAUUGCAGUUUUUCUCUUAAUAUUACUAAUUGUAUUUUUGAAGAAAAAAACUCUAUGUGAAGUAAUAGAAGAACAUCCAUUUAUCUAUAAAAAAUAACGAUUUUCAUUGUCCAAACCACCCAUCAGCUGCUUUGAAAUUAAAAACUGAAUUAGGUAUAUUAGUUUGCCUGAAAAAUGUGGCAACAAUGGGAAACUUUUUCAUUAUUUAUGUUAUGAAACAAAGUAGGAUUGAUUAUUAAUGCGUAGUUUAGCAUUUAGAACAAUUUUUCAUAUCUAUAAUUUACAGUAUUGCCUAAAAUAAAAAUAUGCAUAUUUUUUGAUAAAACUCGUAUACUAGCAAAAUAUAUCUGAUAUUUAUGUUCCUCCUUACGAACCAUGCAGAAUUUUUUAUAUAAACAAAUCUUUUUGUGUAACAUUAUUAAUAAAAAAGUUUCUAAUGGUUCACCCACCUUUUUAGACACACUGUAUAUACUGUUGUAUCUGUUGAAUUAUAUAUAAAAAAAUAGUAGAUAAUUAACGAUACUCUCAAACAAUUUAAUCACAAGCUUAUCGUAAUCGCUUAUAGGCACUUAAAGAUUUUCAUUCAAAUUUUGAAAAUGACUUUCUUUUAUUUUCAAAUGAGAUUUUUGAAACAAAUCAAAUUAGUACAAAAAUUAUUGAACUUAUCACAAAAUAUUUUAUCAAUACUGGAAAAAGUAUGUUCUAAACGUAUUAAAAAUGAAAUCUUAAUCAAAAUAUUUGGUAUAUAUGUUGUUAUUUGAAAAUACGGGGGUUUGACGUAACGUAUCGAUAUCUCCCAGUAUUUGAAAAUACAUAUUACAACGUACAAAUAUACAUGAAAGUUGCAAAUUAUAUAUUUUUACUCUAAGCAGUACUAAAUUAGAAAGGAAGAAAAAUGUACAUAGAUCUGAAAAUGAUAAUUUUGACACGUCCUAUUUAUAUUAUAAUGCAACCACAGACCUAAUAACACAAGUGACCAAAUAUUCUAUUAUCCAAUUAUCCUUGUCAGCUUAGAAUUGCUUUCCGAUAACACUGCAAAAUGCGUACCUUCGUAAGCCGCCAGUGGUCUCUGAUUAUCGACUAAUUUUACCAUAAAUAAAACAUUUUUUAGUUAUUUUAUAAUACAUUUGGUUUUUUUUAAAUAUUUCGAUGAUGCUAAGGUAAUACUUGUAUUGCCUAACCUUGACAUUGAAAGUCAAACUAUUGAACUAACGAGAUUUAUUUAAAAAAAUCACAAGGAUAAUUGCAUGAUUAAAAUUUAUAGAAAAUAAAAACACUACAUAUUAUUUUUUAUACUGAACACACCUUUAUACCAACACUACAUCAACACUCACAAUUACACUGUUUGAACAAAUUAUCGUUAUGAAGUUAAACCUUCAAUUUCUGAAGACGCUAAACUAGUACUAAUAGUUAAACCGAAAUGUAAGGCAACAGAAUAUUUCAAUAAUAAUAACAAAGAAAAUGGCCCGCCACUGAUGAUAAACAAUUUUGUUUUCUAGACAUGAAAUGUAACCACACUUACCUGCGAAAAGUUAAAUCUACAUAUAAAUUAUACAUUUCCACUAAUUUCACUAUCACGAACCAUAAUUGUUUGAUAAUUGAUGUUUUUUUCAAGAAAAAUCACACAUAUAACCUAAUAAUUAUAAAUUAUAAAUUCAAAGUUUCUGGAAGACAAGAAAUAAAUUCAUUCAUUAUUAUGUAUCCAGCCAUCUCUUAGCGUAAAAUUGUCAACAGUGUUGCCAUGCUUCUUUUUAUCUCAUACGAAUAAUUAAUAAAAUGAAAUUAUUAUUUUAUAAUAAACAGUUUGAUUUUAAUAUUGAACAAUUUAAUAUAAAAUUGAAUUAAAUCAGUAUUUUCCAUUAGUUAAUUGCUAUUGAUACUAAAUUGCUCCUAUUUUAUUUUUUCUCGAGAAACUUAUACUGUUUGUAAAUUUGGCUACACUGUGGCUACAAUUUUUAUAGCAUAGAAAAUGGCUCCUUCUAGAAAUGUAAACAAUUUGCUCUUUUGUGUUACUAGGUGUGUGACUGCAACAUAUUUUAUCUUUAUGCAUUAUUUUAAGGUAUUUUAUCACAGAUAUACUUAUAAGUGAUAUUUAAUAGUGAUCAUUUCGAUCUUUUUUUCAACACUUUUAAUAAUAUUAUGCUUUGAAAAGAUAAUAGAGGAGCAGACUAAAUCUACUGUUGCUUUUUUGUAACAAGUGCAGGAUAAAAAAGUCAACUAGACUGAAUUUUUCGAAAAAAAAAAACAAAUGAAUGUAAGAUAUAUGUAUAACGUGAAUAAUCAGUUCAUCGAUUACCAAUUUUAUGUAUUUUGACGAAUAUUUUUAUAGACUAUAAUUUUUUUUAAUUAAUCUUCAAGGUACAAAAAAUUGUAUAAACAAAUUUCAAAUGUAAAUAAAAUCAUUAUUUAUUAUUGACGCCACUGCAAUAAGAAUCAACUAACAUAGUAGUCCUCAAUACAUAGGAAAACUUUUAUGCAUUUCGAUGAAUUUCCACUUGCCCUAAUUGCUUUGUUUACUUUACAGACUCAAUUAGGUUUUUUAUAUUGUGGUAAUUUUUCAUGUACUUCAUGCUGAAUUAACUUUGUGUCUUCCAAAAGACCAAGAACAUUAUACCUACAUGGACUGUUAUGAGCUACCACAACCUGGAUCUGCUUUUUGCCCACUUUCUAGCAAACUUCAGAAUUUCUAACAUUGAUCACUAUUCUAUUAGUUGAUUCUCAUUACACAACUGAAGAUUCCCUAUCAGCAGGUUUCCAAAACAAAAAGACAUUGACACAAUCUUGGUUAUUAAUCCUAUGGUGUCAUCAAUAAUCCAUAUAUAGAUAUCAUUAUUUUAAAACCCCAUUUGAUUCUUAGUAAUAAGUCAAAUCAUAUCUCAAAUAUGUGGAUAAUUUUUCUGUUAGAUACUGCUUUGAAGUAAAACUGCUUUAAAAGAAACAAGGAAAGAAUGUUGAAUCAAUCAAAAAGUAAAUUAAAACAUUUUUAUUCACCUGUUUCCGAACGAAAAAAUAUUAAAAAAAAAUUCAAUAUAAGUACAAUAGAUUAAAUAGUUUUCGUGUGAAUGUUAUUUUUGUUACAAAAUUGGAACCUGUUUGAUGUGGUAUGAUGUACCUUAAAAAAUAUCAACAUGUAUAUGUUAGAAAAGAAAAUAAAAUAGUUGUAUUGAUCCCAUUCUGCUUUUUAUCAAAAAAUAGGUAGCUUGUCUGGCAUCUAAAUACGAACCUAACCUUGUAUAACAUUUAAUAUACAGUAUACCUCUUCAAAAAAUUUUAUUUAAAAAUUCAACUUAGGAAAAAUUUGUAACAUGUUACGUUUUUCUUCAAACGUUUUGAAUAUUCCUUUCUUCACGUAUUAUGGCACAGUAGUCACUUAUUCUAACCUCGAAAUUGAUUCGAAUUCUUCUUCUACCUAUCUACAAUACAAAUAAAAGGAAAUUUUUGGUGGUUUUAUUCUUUAUAUUCGCCAGUAAGUUAUUCCUUGCUUAUUUAUCAUUUUGUUCACAAAAAUAUUGAUUUCCUUUUUGUUUUAAGCAAAUUUUGUAUUAAAUUUCCCCGUAAAUUCGUAUUUCCUAUUUAUUUGAUAGAUGAUAGAAUAGAACAGAUUCCUAUCUGGUUACAUUUGGAAAAAAUAUAAGUUCUUUUUUUUUGAUAUUAGAGUUGAGGUUGACUUGUUGGUUCAAUAAACAACAACAAAAUGUUUGAAGAAAAACUUAAAAAGCCGUAAUCAUUAAAAAUUGUGGUAUUUAUACUGUGUGUUGAAUGUUAUCAAAAUUUUAUUGUUAUUAGUUUUUUAGAAUUACUUUUUUAAUAUUCGACUAUGAAUUUAACUCAUUUGAUUUCUUUUUCUUGCAUUUCCUAUUUUAACACCAACUUUAUUUGAUAUGUGUAUUAUUGUAAUUUUAUAUUUAUGAUAAAUUUAAUGUUGACAAUGUAUACUUUUUAUAAUUGUAUAAAACAACACUUACUGUAUCAUCAUUUUGCUAAAUAUACAGUGUUACAAAAAAGCGUAGCUAUAUAAACAUAUUACAGUCUACCUUUACUAAUUUUAAAAACUAUGUAAAUUACAAUUUUAAUAUAUUAUAUUUACACAUAAAAAACUGUUUAUUUUAAAAAUUUCGAGUUGAUUUUGAUUCAAAAGAAAUUUCAAUAACAUACGUGGGUGAAUAAAACAAACUUUGACCAAAACAAAACAACUGAAUUUCAUAUAGUGACUUUUUAUAUAUAUCAAAGAGUAUAAAAAUCAAAUAAUUUUAUGUAUACCUUCUAAACAGAGUGUCCUGGACCUAGUGGUGGUUGAAUCAUAAAAAAUCAAAAUUAUGUUAGUACCUCUUCUUCCUUUUUGUAUUAUGAGCCUCCAAAGUUUGAAUUCUGUUUUUUUAGUACUACAGAAGGAUAUUCAUUUGUAAACUUUAUAUUUAUUCGACUUUUUUAAAGAAAUUCUAAUACUUUCAUUUGUCGGAAGGUAAUUUACGUAAAAGCAUUUUUUCUGGCAAAGCUAUAUCCACUUGGACAUGUAUUUUAGGCUUGAAUUGCAAUGCUUGCUACUAUUAUCAGUAAGAAGUUCAAUUUCAUUUAGGUCAUCAUUGUUUAGUAAGAAGCCAUUAAUUCCAGCCUCAGAAAAGCCCCUAUCAACGAAAAAAACUAAAGGAAUCUCAUCUUCGUUUUCAAAGUCAUCGUCUGUAUAUUCUUCAUUGUUUAACUGAGGCCAUAAGGGAGUCCAACAUUUUUUUAUUAGAUUCGAAUUGAACUUUGCCAAUCUUCAGCCAAUGAACAGCUUUUUCAUGGUGGUUUCUUAAGGACAUCUGAUACAGUACAUUCAGAUUUCAAUUCCUAUUGUACAAAAACUUGAGGCAACAAUUUUUCUCAUAAUUCACCUUCAUUAUUUGAAUAACGUUUUGGUCCAUUGGCUGGUUAAGUCAAGAGUCAAAAUAUAACCUGAUACAGGCUGUUCCAUAAACAAUGAAUCUUUACGUGUGAUCUCGCAUAUCUCAGGAAUAGUCAAUGUUUCCUUUUAUUUGACGUCGUAGCCAUGAUGUAAAAACACAAAUAACUAAUGAUUAUGAGACCUACUCGACAUUCGGUAAGUAACUGGCGUGACAACGCAGAGAUUGAGAGAUAGAUUCGAUGGAUAAUUUUUGGUUGGCCCUGAUAUAGGAGUUGCUCCUCUGCAGGGCUGGGGUUGUGAUGAUUGCAUUAUCGUUGGUUGAAAAGGAGGAGAAACGGACGACCAAUUGCCAGGACAAGGCGAAAAGAGAGCGGCUAAGUAAAAACGGUCCACCUCAGUUUGUUUUGUAAGUUUUUUUUUUGUUUUGGUUCAGUUUUGAUUUUCUAUUUGUUUUUUUUUACUUUAAAUUAGGGGUGGAUGGGUAUGUAUAUGAUGUAUAUGCACAAUUUAAAAGUACUAACAUCAUUUUAUAAGCUUCAGACUUAUUUUUCAUUAGUAUUUUUGUGAAAAUAGAAGAUUUUCUUCUAAUACAUUCUUUGGUCAGUGAAUUUUCACAAUUCUAUUCAUAACAAUAUGAAAAUACAUAAUUAUAUAGUAUUUUGGAUAUUCAUAUUGUAAUUGUUGAUAAUAAUCCAACCAGAAGACUCUUUUAUACAUAGAAUUCAACUAAAUUAGGAGCGAGUUACAUUAAAGGAUCAGUUUUAGAAAAAAGGGUAAGUUUACAGUAUUUUGAAACACAUUUUAUUAUCAAGAGAAAGAAGCUUAUUUAAGGUAUUAAAAUUCAUUUUACUACCAACGUCGCGACGUAUUAUGUAUAUUAUAAUUCUAGGAGAGACAUUCUGGUAUUGAACCAGUCAGCCAGAAUAUAAAAGAUAAAAUUAAAUUUUUUUUAUUUAAGAAACUAGAUUUGGAUUCUUAGAAAAAUAUGGUCAAUGGAAUAGACCAGGAAUAAGUGAGGUAACAAAACAAAAACUGAAUUGAAUUUAAUGAUUAUUACAAUAUGGGAAAACACAAAAAAAAGCAAACCUCAAAAUGAAUGAGUAUCAUUAAAGUUAUUAAAAGUGACUGGUUUCUACCGGAACUGUAUGUAUAUAAGUAUAUAUAAAUAUUUUCAUAUGAAUGAAGGUUUAUAUUAAUCAAAACAGUGGAUUUUUCGCAAUAACGUGGUAUAUUCUGUAGAAAAGAUUCAAUAAUUUAUUACGAAAAUGUCUAUUAAUUGAUAAGAACCAUGUGUAACUUAUUUUUACUCACAUUUAUUAAAUGUGUAAUCAAUUAUAAUAAACCCAAGAAAAUCUAAAUGUCAAGUUAUUAAACAAAUUGAACAACAUAGUGCCUCAACAAUAAUUUUCAAUUGGCUAACAAAACCUCUAAUUACUAUAGAAUUGGCAGUAAUUGUAUUAAAAUGAUACAAAUCAAUUUCUAUUAUAAUAAAAACAUUUGCAUAACUUUGAGAAUCUUAAAUGCCUGCCAAAAAUACAGAUUGUAACCUUAAAAGCUAAAUAACCAGUCAUUAACCUAUACAAAUUGGUACGUUAGACAAAAAAGUCUUCCAAAAGUUUUUGCAACAUAUAUUAAACGUUCAUAAUCAAAAAGGUAUCAUUUAUCUUUGUAGAACAUGUUUAUAUUAAAAAAAAAAACAGUUUGGAUGCUACAAAUUUUCAAUUAUUAUGACAAACAUUAAAUCCUGGUAAUAUUUUAAUUAAUGAAAUGUAAAUAACACAACUUGAGACGUAAUAAAUAUAUCAAUGACAUUAGAGUAAGAUUCAAUGAAAAUGCGGAAUUUAUACUAGUCUAAUAGACAUUUUUGAUUAAUUUCGUAUAGUAUAGUUAUAUUGUUAAAUUAAGUUGUACAUGGGAGUGUAUGUUAAAAAAAUGUGUUUACAGUAUAAGUUGAAAAAAAAAUACUUUUCGACAUAUUAAUAUCCGUAUCUGAAUGGUUUUAUUCAAAAAUCUAUCAUAUGUACUGUUUUGGUUCAAACUACAAUCUUUUCACGAAUAAAUUAAAAAUCUAUCUGUUUAAAUUGAAAAUACAAUAGUUUAGAGUUAUUGUGUUUAAUUAGAUUCUUGAGAAUAUAUUCUACUACAAUAUUUUUAGUAUAACCAAUUAUGUCUAAAAGUAUUAAAUACUUAUAAAAAGUUUAGCACAAAAGAUAUUUGUAUAUCAAAUUGUACAGCUUAAUGUGCUUCAUCAACAUUAUUUAUUUUAUAUUGUACAUUUGCAUCAUAAUAAGCAAUAUAGGCUCUGAAUCAAAAUAUCAAAAUAAUUUUUUUAUCUGUAUAAUAUGUAUAAUUAAUGUUUUAUUUGUAUACCAUGCCACAUAGCAUUUAAUAUAAUUUGUGAUGU